CAAUGUUUGUCACAUGUCAUGUCACUGUCAAGUUAUGUUUUGAAAAGAGCUCACGCCUCACAUCACACUCUCAACAACGAUAAAAUUGCUGUAAAUUAAAAUAAAGUAAACAAUACCAAAAUGAAUUUUGGUGGUACUUUAAGAGUGAAUAAAUUCGCAUGUUUUACAUUAGGAUUUAUACUAUUUUUAAUAAUUUAUUGGCGGACUGGUAACGCUGGUUUUCCUAUGGAGAAAACCGACCUUAUUAAUUUAAAGAGUUUACUAAAAGCGGCUGUUGUGGCCGCUGAGCGGGGUGGUAAGAAGGUGAUGGAUGGGAAGAGCCAUGAAUUAAAUGUUAAAAGCAAAGGUAAAACGUUGGAAGGGGCGAACGACCCGGUUACCGAUGCAGAUUACGCUUCGCAUUGCUCAAUGUACUAUAGUUUGAAGAACACGUUCCCGAAGUUGACGGUGGUUUCCGAGGAGCACACAAAGAGCGGGACGAGCUGUGAGGACCAGCCUGCGAUUGAUAUCGAACAGACUCUGCCAGGGAACAGUAUAGUGGAGUACAUGAAUGAUGAGCUGGUUUAUGUGAAGGAUGUUAGUGUGUGGAUCGACCCGUUAGACGCUACGAAGGAGUACACAGAGGGUUUGUACGAGUAUGUGACAACCAUGGUGUGUGUGGCUCUAAAGGGGGUGCCUAUUAUUGGGGUCAUACACUACCCCUUCAUUCCGAAAACUUACUGGGGCUGGUACACCAAGAAGCCAUCUACCAACAUGCCUAAAGCUACCCAUAAAGAGGAGAACAAAGAGCAUCCUCGAGUGGUGGUCUCCCGCUCACACCCCGGCAAGGUGUCGGAGCUGGCGAUGUCAGCGUACGGGCCGAAGACCACGGUCUCGUCAGCCGCGGGGGCCGGCUACAAGGUCAUGGAAGUCGUCAACGGUACAUAUGACGUGUACCUCCACGCCACAGCCAUUAAGAAGUGGGACCUAUGCGCUGGCGACGCCAUCAUUAAGACUGUCCGAGGUAAGAUGACGACGAUCAAAGGCGAGAACAUCGACUACUCAGCUGACAGUGAUGUGAAGGUCUCAGGAGGUAUCCUCGUGACCAGGUUCGACCAUCAGUACUAUGUGGACAAACUACAAGUUGUGUUGUUAAUCUAGCAACAGAAGGUUGUUGGGAUGUGGUUAUCAAAGAUGUAGUGCUAAGCUCGACUGGGUAUAAAAGUAUUUUUUUAAUUGUGUCUAGUCUUGUGGCACAUACUUACUACUCAUCAUACUAGUUUAUAGAUGACUCACUUUAAAAGUUUCCAGUGAAGUUUAAUUUAUUAAUGUUUUAUCAAAUUUUAGAGUAAUUAAUGACUAAGCUGAUAUAGAAAAACAAAAUUGUGGGCUUGGGCUGUGAAAUUAAUGAUGGAUUAAAAAAUAAAGGUUGUAAACUAAAAUGUAAUGAUACGACAAAAAUAAAUGCCUUCUAUAGCACCUUAAUUAAAAUUAAAAACUUAAAUAAUUUCCUUUCCA